AUGAGUCAGCCUGAGAAUGUUAUUUUUGGUAUUCUCCUGGUCAACUUCCACCAUUCAAAAGGCCCGGAGAUCGAAUACUCCUAUGGACUGCCCAACGACAUUGAGGCGGCCAAGGUGUGGCCAUUUCUCCCGUUUCAAGCACUACCAGACGGCUCGCACUCUUUUGAAGAAACCUUUACGUACUUUACACUACUCUUCAAUGAGAAAACGAAUAGUGGACCUCCCCCCGAGGGAGGUGCUGAAAUCGCCGAUACACAAGUUGAUGACUUUACGACCUUUUUCGCCAUAUCGUGCACCAGGCAGAUCAAGGCUGAGGACCUGAUAACGAAAACUGAUGACAUUACACGAUCUACAGUGCAGAAAGCUAUAGUCGUGGUUGCGAGAAGACCCAUUUUUGGCCAGAUCAAAGACAAACUCAGCAUUAUAACCAACGCAUUUUUCUUGCAACGAGAUUUUAGCAACAAAGCCAUCAUCGGCACACUUCAUGAGAACCUCACAGCAAUGUACAAGCUCUCUGUUAUAGAUGAUGAGGCACACAUGUACGUUGGUUUAUGCCUUCGUCGCGUAAUGCAUGAUUUCAGAAGACACGUUCUAAUUAUUCUCAAAGCCAUUCUAUUGGAACAGAAAGUGUUAUUUUAUGGGAGUGACGUUGAGGCCUUAUGUAACUUGCAGUUCGGCUUCAUCAGUCUAAUACCAAACCUUAUUUUGAACCUUCAAGACUGUGGAUCGCCUAAACUGGACAGCUACCGCCAAAGUCUCACAAUGGCGGAUUCAUUUAAGUCAAGCGAUCGUCAAUCAGUCUUGAGGUUUCUGGGAUUUCCACUUCAAAUCUUUGGCAAAGGGGGACUUUUUUCGCCUUACAGCCCGCUGCAACAGAUGGCUGAUCUGGAAUCUUCUAACACCCAGUUUUACGUUGCAGGGACUUCAAACUCUCUUUUGCUGGAACAAAAGUCAAACCUAUGCGAUAUUUUGGUGAAUGCCAAUGAUCACUCGGUUGAAAUCAUAUCAGCAGACAAAAGUUUGCAUCAUGCGUUACAACUGACUUCGCAUGAUAAAAGAUGGAUCGACUCUAUUGUCUCUAUUGUCUCCGAAACAUGGAACGAAGACGACUAUACAACCCCUAAAAAUAUGCAAUUUGAAGGAAGCGAAGAUUUUAUAAGGUGGCAGUUCGAAGACUAUCUUACAGGAAUGGUCGCAUGCGAAAAAUUAGACUCCUUUGUUAAGAAAAACGAGAACAAAGAACAAGCGCUGAGAUCAAUUCCUGACGAACUGAUUCAGCAGGCACCGGCGGAGUCGUAUGGCUUGCCCUGGAUGCGGCUUUGGAGGGAGACAAGAAAUUACGACACAUUUAAUAACUUUACAGACGACAGAAUUUUUGAUCUUUUUGCCCCAAAGCACGUUUGUAACUCCACUGAUACACUCACAAGUUUGCAGCAAAGACUGAGCAAGUCUUUCCAAUCAUUAAUGAAAAAAGAGCAGACAUCUCACCGAGAAAAGGAUGAGGCCUCAAUUGAGGGCACACAGAAGGACACCGAAGAUGUAAGUAAGAGCGGUCCAACAAAAAACGUUCCUGCGACUGAGGAUUCCAUGCGAGGUGCCUCCUGGAAAGAUUACUUCAACAGAAAGAAGAAGGCUAGGGACCUAGCUGGCGAUCAGCUGUCCGUUCCUUCGACUCACACAAUAGCUCUUAAUUCAACACCUGCUGCUAUAAGUACUGCCCUUCUAAGCCUUGGAUUAUCGGAGUUACCGAGCGACGAAGACUUCGAAAACUUGGAGUACUCCCAGGAAUUACAAAGUAGUGGAGAUAAAAGUCAGGAUUUAGAGUCUGCAGAUUUCAUGAACGGAGACAAGGCGGCUCGUCUUGGGACGAAAGGAACCGGCGAAAGUGAGGAGAAAAAUCCCUGGGUUGGCGAAAAGUGA